GAGCCGCUAAUGGCGGCCGCGUUGAGGAGAUUGUUACAUGGUACGGAAGUGGAACGAGUCCGGCCGGAGCCGGAACCUCCUCCGCCACCAUGGGGCAUGGAGACCCGCAGGUGCCCUGUGCAUGGCUGCGGGGGUAGUAGGGGGGAGAGAGUCACUCGUGGCGACAGUGGCGGUUUCCAGGAGCAGCCCUCUUACACAGGAUAUGGUUCUCACUACUGGAAUUCACAGCCCAGAGCUUCUUACCCCAAUCCAUAUCCUGCUGGACCUGAGCUCCAAGGCCAGGGGAUCGAUCAUUCCUAUACAAAUGGCGUUUAUGGCACUCCAUACUCAGCUCCUGGGACAGGACCUCCUCCGUAUCCCAAUCUUCCACAAUCAAAUACCUAUUAUUCUACAGGGCAUCCUCCUGUCCCUUAUUCUACAGAGUCUCCUGGAUUGUACCAAUCUCAGUCACCAGCUUCCAACUGGAAUUACCCCCCACCUGACUGUCCAGCAGAAGGUUCUAUGGUGAGGAGGCAAGUGCCAGGAUAUGCCCAGCCUCCGACACCUGGCUUUCCUGUCCCACCCCAUCCAUAUGGUGACUGCAAUCAUGGUAUUCCUCAACAGGGGCCACCGCCACCCCAGCCAAGGCUUCAAGAUUCAACAUGGCGGGCUCCUGGCGUUUAUGGGAUGCAGCCUCCUUAUGGUUGGUCUCCUGCAUCAACAGGACAUGGGAAUCGAUAUGCUGCUGAAUCCUCUUCACCUUGGCCUGCCAAUGGAGCAUCUGCUCCACAUCCUCAAAUUAACAGUGCAAAGGACUCCUCUUACAACCAAUUGGAGCAAGGAACUAACCAGCACAGCUACUUCCCUGAAGCCACUCAUCUGCCUCCUGGGACCAUGAAUGAUCACAAGCUGGCGCAGCAUGACACUAAGCCACAUGCUUCCAACACCAAAGUGCAGUACAGUGCGCAGCCCCAGCUAUAUAAUAAUGUACAGAAAAAGUCGCCUGUGGCUGUUGACCAUGGAUCAGGUUUCAAAACCAACGGGCAGCUUCCAUCAGAACUAUCAGAUGUGCAGCCAGGAGUUCGAAAGGUUAUAGGGGUUAUGGAAGGGGUUGAACUGCUAGAGGAAGAGGUGGAUGAAUUUGUCGGAAAAAAAACGGACAAAGGCUACCGGCUACUAGAGGAAAUGCUGACCAAGAAGCUGUUGGAGCUGGACUCCAUAGAGACAGGAGGUCAGGAGAGUGUACGCCAGGCAAGGAAAGAGGCUGUUCACAGAAUCCAGGCCAUACUGGAAGAACUGGAAAGAAAGGGGCUUUAAGUUGGGGAUAGCAGCAGUCCUAAGGCCUGGAGUUCUCAAAGAACUGUGUCUUUGUUCAUUCCCCAGCUCUUUUGACAUCAAAAGCAAUAAGUGGUAACUUGAUUUUAAAAUCACAUGGUAAAUUGACGAAGACUAAAUUCUUAGCCUGAUGAU